AUGGAUUCUACAUUUCGUCCGUUUCGAACGAUUAAACCAUGUGGCGAUCACCAAGUUAGUUACAAAACCCAAUUAUUUUUGAUUCCUGAUGUUGCUAAUUUAAUCUUAAGUGGUGACCAAUUUUUAAUCAUAUCCGGUACCGCACAAGCAAAGCUUUAUGAUCGUGAUGGAUUCGAAAUAAAAAUUUCACAAUCUCAAGGAUCCAAUAUGCAAAUACCACAACUAAAAACUGUUGCAUCUAGUGUAGCCAAGAAUGGUAAACGAUCUGAAAUGACUAUAGGUGCUGAUAAUACAGAAUGA